AACAAUAUCCUGUGUAAACUGCGAGAUAAAUAUGAUAUCUCAGCAGAGCACUGUAGCGUAAAGGAAUUUUUCUGUACCAAAUUUUUAAUUACUAGUUGCUUGUCAGCUACCAUGUUUAAAUUUAAAAGUUCUAAAACUCAACAGUCAAACACUGAGAUAGCUAAGUCAGUUGAAGAUUUUGUCUCUUUUAACAAGAUAGCUACUCUUGGUUUUCCUCAUAAGCCUACAGCUCUAGCAUGGGAGCCUCAUUUAUGUCUAAUGGCAAUUGGAACUCAGUUUGGGUCUAUAAGAAUUUAUGGUGCUCCUGGUGUUCUAUUUUCUGGAGAUCUGAGGCAAAAACUGUGCAUUACUGAUUUAAUUUUCAUUUCUAAAAAGGCUCGUUUGAUUUGUUUGUGCUCUGAUAACAGUCUACAUUUAUGGGAAUUAAAUGAAAAGAAUGAAAUAUGGUGCUUAGAAGAAAUAAAGUCAUUUGUUCUUGUUGGAUUGAUGAAAAAGAUAACUGCUAUAUUUUUGAAUUCUUCUGCUGAUAUUCUUUACUUGGGAACAAUGUGUGGCAACAUUUAUACCUUGAAUGUUGAAACCUUUGAAAUUGCUGAAAGUGUUAUCUACCAAGAUGUUGUUGUGCAAAAUAUUCCAGAUGAUAAAAAAUUGAAACAAGGAGCAGUUAAAAUUAUUUCUUGUCAGCCAUCUUGUACAGAUUGUCUUUUGAUUGGUUAUCAGCAAGGAUUACUAGCUUUAUGGGAUGUAAAGAAGUUGGUUGUUAUCAGUACAUUUAUUAGUAGUCAGAGUUUAGAAUCUGUUGCAUGGCAGCAUUCAGGAAUUAAGUUUAUGAGUUCUCAUAGUGAUGGUAGUUAUGUCGUAUGGAGUACUGAAGAUUCCUCUAAACCAGCAGAAGUACCCAUGACACCAUAUGGUCCAUUUUCAUGUAAAUCCAUUGAUAAGAUCUUGUGGAAAACUAUAAAAGGCGGGGAUGAUUUUAUAAUAUUUUCUGGUGGAAUGCCUCGAUCCAAUUAUGGAGAGAAACAUACUUUGACAAUCAUGUGUGGUGAAAGGCAUGAAGUUUUGGACUUAUCCUCCAAAGUUAUAGAUUUUUUUACUAUAUCUGAUGUUUUUGAUGAUUCAGAAUUCGAUAAUGUUCAUGCGUUAAUCAUAUUGCUUGAAGAAGAGCUUAUAGCACUAGACUUAGAGUCUGAAUCUUGGCUGCCAUUUAAGUAUCCUUAUUUAGAAAUCCCUCAUUCUUCACCUAUAACAUGUUUUCAGUACAUUUCUGAGGUUCAUAAAGAUAUGUGGAGGAUUUUAAUGAGCUGCCAGAGGGAAAACUCAAAAUUCCAGUCUGAGAGUGAGUGGCCAAUUAAAGGUGGUAAGGUUUGUCAGAAUAAUAAUGCUGAAAACAACAUUCUAGUCACUGGUCAUGAAAAUGGGUGCAUAAAAAUUUGGAAUGCAACUCCAACAUCGCUGCAGUUGUUUCACACUUUCUAUACAUCAGAAUUGUUUGUUGCUGUUGAUUUCAUGGAAGAAAAUGAUAGUGGUGGGGAGGAAUGGCCUCCAUUUCGAAAGCUUGGAAAUUUUGAUUCUCUUUUGGAUGAUUCACGUUUUGCAAUUCGCAGCAUCAUUUUGAAUGAUGUGUGCAAAACGCUUGUUGCAGGAGGAUCUGCUGGACAAAUCUUUGUACUUCAAUUCUCAGAUGUUGAAGCAGAGAAGGAAACAAUUGUUACACGAGUUACAAUUGGUGACAAAUGCGAUAGUAACAUAUGGUGUAAUCCGCAACCAUUAAUUGUUCGACAUGGUAAAAGGAAAUUUGACAAAGGUUUUCAUGUCCAGUGUGUUGUUCAAUUGAAUCCUCCUGCUCCUGUUACAUCCAUAGCAUUUCAUGCAGAGUGGAAUUUAUUAGCUGCUGGCAUUACACAUGGGUUUCUUCUGUAUGACAUAGUACAAAAGAAAUCUGUUUUAUCAAGGUAUACUUUAAACAUUUCAGAUAGCAAUAAUGUGAUAGCAAAUGUCUCUCCAAAAGCUAAAUCUUUAAAAAGGUCAUUUAGAGAAUCAUUUCGGAAGCUGAAAAUCAGGAGUAAAUCUCUGAAAAAAGAGCGUACAGACUCUUUAUGCAGUGAUAUACCUGAAGAUAUUUCGAGGGAAAACAGCAUGAAGCGAGAAAGUUUCACUGCCAGUCCUGAUCCAACUUUAGCCAGUUCCACUUCAGCUGAACUCCGUGCCUUUGAUGGGGAUAGUGAAUCUCAUGUUGAUGAUGUGAUCAAUUCCGUUCAAUGUUUAUAUUUUGCACAAAGUUUUAUUAUUAACAAUGUGAUUACUACUCCUACUUUAUGGGUUGGUACAAGUUGUGGCUGCAUUUAUAUAUAUACAAUUACAAUGCCUGCCAGUGACUGUCGUACGUCUGAUGCAAUCACAUGCCAGUUAGGUAAAGAAGUACAGUUAAAACAUCAAGCUCCAAUUUUGGGUAUACACAUUGUUGAUCAUAGAGGAUAUCCACUACCUGAUCCACUUGAUGUUCAGUGUCAAAGAUUAAAACCAGCUGAUCUUUGUGGAAGUCAUAGGGUUGUAGUUUGUACAGAAGAGCAAAUUAAAGUUUUCACUUUACCAAGCAUGAAAACGUUUUGUAAGAAUAAAAUUUCCAUGAUAGAGGGCUACCAUAUAUGUAAAGUUGGAUUCUGUAGUUUUCCUAAUCGAACUGAUCCAAAAACAUAUGAGUGUUGUGUUCUUACUCUUUCACGAUCCAGUGGGAUAACAUUGUACAGUACUCCCGAGUUAAAAAAAUUUAUUUCCUUCAAUUACUGUUCCUUAGAAGACAACGAAUAUUUACACAAGGCAUACCUAUUGAAUAGCGGUCUACUAGUAUGUUUGAAUUCUAUGUCUGAGUUUGAAAUAGUUUCCCUUUCUGCUUCAAUCAUUGCAAAACCAGUUUGUAAAAUUGAACUUCCAGAAGGUGCCAGAAAACCCUUUAGACCUCUAGAGAGCAUUGUUUUGGAAAUGCAGAACAUAGCACCUCAAAGUUAUCAUAACAAUACUAAUAAUACAAAUAAUAUCGAACCAUCAAGUGAAGUGAAUAGUUAUGGCAAUGUAGAACAAGCUAGACGUUUGUCAAAUACAUCAAGUUUAAGAAAUAAUGAUCAAAAUGAUACAACUGAUGCAGAAAAUUUAAGUAACAGAAAUCGAGAGCUACAAAAUCAAAAUGGUGGCUCAAGUGAAACUGUCUCGCAACAGCAGUUGCAAAGGGCACCAUUAGCCAUUAUUGAAGAACUCAAUUCAUCUGAUGAAUCUCACUUAAAUCUAAGCAGUAAUCCACCUAGAAAUUCAUGUGGUUCAUAGCAGGCAAUUAGAGUGCUUUUGAAUACUCAAAACAUUUAUAAUGAAUCUAGAUCUGAGAAGUAUCACACUUUUUUCAAUAUUUGAAUCUCUUGUUUAUCAUUACUUUUGUAAAGAUAUAUAGUAUACGAUUAUAUUUUUCGUUUCUAUAAUUUAAAAUUUAUUUAUUUUCGUGAAUAUUGUUUCUUUUUGUAUGUUUUGAUAAUUUUUAUUAUGUUAUUUGUCCUUCUU